AUGGGUACACAGCGGCGAGGUCUGGAGUAUAGGCGGAUUGAGUCACCAAUUGAGGCGGCGUCAGUGGAGGAGACUGUGACUACAAUGGUGGAUGUGGCUUUCGCAUUUCGGGAGGCGUCGUCCUUGUUCAGAAAGCGUGUGGCGAUGGGGGUGAUUCCGGAAGCUAGACUGAAGACUUCUGGGAAGGUACUGUCCAGAGUUUCUUUGUCUGGGAUUGCGAAGAGUG